GUACUUAAAGAGUGGUAUGGCAACGCCUGAGUGUUUUGAUUGUGGAUAAACAGGCCAGUCACUUCGAUAAAGUACCAAUUCGUCCGCCAUGAUGAACCGAAAAAAGCGUGAAGAUCUGGAGGAAAAUGAACUGGAGGGGAUCACCGAGGCGGAGCUGGCGCGGCUCCAGCGCCAGUAUCGCAUCAUGGACAACGACAGGAAGGCAUACUACAAGGAGACGCAGACUGUUCUCCGCAAACAAAGGCGAAUUAUCGACAACUUAAUGGCGGAGAAGACUGAGAUCGACACAGAUAUGAGCCUGAUCAAGUCCAAUUACAACGUACGAAAAAAUAAAGCCGCUUCUAAGAAACUUAAUGGCUACGUCGAACGACAAAAGGAAAUUCUCGAUGAGAUUGAAUCGGAGAGGCAGCAACUGGCCGACAUCGACAGUCGGAUCAAGCGUGUGGAGCGGGAGAUACCCAAGCAGGCCAAGCGAGGCGGCGCCAACGAUGUGGUGCGCAACAAACAGUUUCAGCUGCAGCGGAAGGCGAGGCGCCUGGAGAACCGCCUGUACACGACGAACGUGAACUUCAACACCAUGCUGGUGGAGAACAACAGGCUGCGCGCCGAGAUAGACCAUCUGCUGAUCGAGCGUGGCACCUUCAACAAGCACUACCGCAAGCUGAUCGAGCGUCUGGCAGCCACCAAGCAGAAGACGUCCGACAUCAUCGACCAGGCCACGCAGGCUUACGACCAGCGAGAUGAGGCUAACUCGAAAACAGCGGCGCUGCGAGACCGCAACGCGAAGGAGUCGGUGGCUCACAUGACGGAGCUGAAGGACCUGCUGCGCACUCUCGACCACGACCAUAAGCUGAAGGAGUUCAUGUCGACCAAGGCUCACGAAAGGCAGAUAGAAGAGGACGAGGAGAAAAUAAAGAAAAAAGAUCAUGAGCAGUCUGCGGAGAAGACAGCGGAGGAGACGGUGCUCGCCUACCGCGAGGCGUUCGGGCGUAUCCGCGACAUUGCCGGCGAGUCGGACGUUAGCAGCCUUAUAGCGCAGUAUGUCAAGAUGGAGGACAAAAACUUCGCGCUGUUCAACUACGUCAACGAACUCAAUACGGAGGUGGAGACGCUGCAGGAGCAGAUCACGCUCACAGAAGAGGCGAUUGAGAAGACGAAGCAAAAGGACGUGGAAGAGACGCAGAGCAAACAGGAGCAGAUUCAGGUGUUAGAGCACGAGACACAGGAGACGGCCGAGCUGGCGGACCGGGCUGAGCAGUCGCUGGAGCGCUACCAGGUGCUGCUGCGCCAGCUCUGCCUCGGCGUCGACCAGCUGGUCACGGAGACCAAGUGCGAUCGCUCGCCCAUUCUCGAACUUCUUGGUAACAACCAACAAGUGACUGAGAAUAACAUCAUGACGUACCUGACGAUGGUCGAGCAGCGCGUCAACGACCUGCUGCGCGUGCGCAAGUUCAUCGACUUCCAGCGCGACUCGGGUCAGGCGCUGGAUGACUCGGAGGAGUCUCAGUCUCAGAGCGGCUCGGUGGAUUCGGCGCGCCAGCAGAGCAGCCGGCUCAUGCUGCCGCAGCAGCUGGCCGCCGUAGACAUAAAGGUGGCAGCACCGUCGCCCGGCGACGAGAGCGACGCCGAAAGUGACGCGGUACCGCUCACCGAGGACCAGAUCAAGCAGAAGCUGGCCGCGCCGCCGGAGACGCCCGACGCCCACGUCAAGAAGAAGAAGCUGCGUCACAGCGCCCAGCGCUCGCCCAGGAGCCAGCUGACCUAGUCUCGACCAACGGCAGGCCCUCUGGCGCCUGGGGCCGAGCUCAGUGUCAGAUAAGAAAUGAGAUUUGUGAGCUAGAUGGCUGGAAUCGAAGGUCAAAAUCGUGUAGAGUGCACAGGCUCUGAAUUAAGAAUCGAAGUAGUUCCGAUCAGUAAAAGUCUUUGAAUUGGGUUACGAUCUGGUGAGGGCAGGGGUGUAUGUCACUAAACAAGGUUCGGUACGUUUUAAAGUAACCUUAGAGGCCUGUUUCGACAUUUGUCCAGAGAGCUACUGUCAUGCAAUGCAUGUGUGGUACUGCUGCCGUUUUGUGCGCCAGUUCCAUAGAUGUCACGUCGCUAAAUUGUCUUGUCUCUUCUGUGCAGCGAACACAAUAGAACCUCUAUGACGCGUA